AUGUCUUUCGGCUUCGGCAACAACAACAAUUCGGGCUCGACCUUUGGUGGUUUCGGAAACACGAACAACAAUAACAGCAGUAGCGGCAGCGGCUUCGGUGCGAACAACAACACAUCCACUGGAGGCUCCCUGUUCGGCGGUAGUACUGCUACAGCUGGCGGCUUCGGUGGGUUUGGCGCAAGCAAUACACAACAGAGUAAUCCGUUCGCGGCCAAUAAGCCUGCAUUCGGCGCCACGGCCACGACGAGCGGUGGUGGAGGGCUAUUUGGAGGUGGUACAAGCACAAGCGGGGGAUUCGGAGCAGGAGGUGCUGGCGGCUUCGGCAACACAGCAAAUACCAGCACAGGAUUUGGUAACAAUGCAGGUGGAGGUGGCUCACUAUUCGGCAACACAAGCAACAAUGCAUCCACAGGAUUUGGCGGUAGUGGCACGACCGGCAGUAAUCCGUUCUCGACGAGCACUAACAACGCCAGCACUGGCUUUGGCGCUUCGAACACGACUGGCGGAGGUGGAGGAUUUGGUGGUUUCGGUGCAUCGACUGCAUCCGCUGGCAACAACAAUCAAGGCACCGCGACUGUACCAUUCCAAGCCAUCCAAGAAAAGGAGCCGACGGGUACGGGCACACAGUCGUUCCAGUCAGUGACCUUCCAGGAGCCGUACAAGAACAAGAGCUUCGAGGAGCUGCGGACAGAAGAUUAUGCGCAGGGCAGAAAAUAUGGCAAUGCCAACGGUCAAGCCGGGGCGUUUGGUCAGAGUACAGGAUUUGGUGGCUUCGGCAACAACAACAACAACGCUACCGCUCAGACGACCAGUGCGGGUGGGAUGUUCGGUAGCACGACUGCGACUAGUGGUAACAGCUUUGGAGGAUUCGGCAGCACCCAGCAGAACACCAACCCAACUUCUGGGUUUGGGGCCAAUACUGGAGGCGGCUUGUUUGGCAACCAGAACAAGCCUGCGGGCGGCGGACUGUUCGGCAAUAAUAGUAGCACAAGCGCUGCGCCUGCCAGCAACCCAUUCGGUGGCACCACAGGCACGACAGGGGGUGGGCUGUUUGGGAACAACAAUAGUACAGCCGGGUUUGGUGCGAACAACAGUAGCACGACCACUGGUGGUGGUUUGUUCGGCAACAAUAAUGCCGCGCAGCCUCAGCAGCAGAAUAGCGCGUUCGGCCAGUCAUCGACCACGAGUGGUGGUGGCCUUUUUGGCAAUGCACAGAAUAAGCCAGCUACUGGUGGACUAUUUGGCAACACGGCCACACAAAACACCGGUGGUGGGCUGUUCGGCAAUGCCAACAACAACACUCAACAAGCCAGUAGUAACCCUUUCGGCCAGUCAGGGACUACAGGUGGGAGUUUGUUCGGCAACAACAACCAGCAGACACAGAACAAGCCUGCUUUUGGGAACUUUGGUCAGACCAAUAAUACCACGAAUUCUUUCGGUGCCGGCAACAACAAUACUAGUGGAGGUUUGUUCGGUAACACGAACCAGCAGCAGAACACUGCUGGUGGCGGUCUCUUCGGCAACCAGAACAAGCCUGCUGCAGGCGGUCUAUUCGGGAAUAGCACCAACAACAAUACUACUGGCGGUGGUCUCUUCGGCAAUACCAACAACCAGCAGCAAAACGCUGGCGGUAGCCUGUUCGGCAAUAAUAACAACAAUGCUGGCGGCAGUCUGUUUGGCAACUCGCAGAACAAGGCUUUGGGGAACAGCCUGUUUGGCAACACUGGUCCGAGCAAUUCUGGUGGUAGCUUGUUCGGCAACUCGCAGUCGAAUCAGAAUAACGGCAAUUCGUUGUUCGGCAACACCAACCAGAACCAGCAGAGCUCGCUAUUCGGCAACACGAACAACCAGCAACAGCAAGGCGGUCAGCCACAAAAUCAGCUUUUUGCCUCUGUUACUGGGGCGCCGUACGGUAAUGAGCAGCUCUUCGCCUCUCUCGCCACCUCAAACCCACCUAUUGGCCCACUUGCUACGCCGCUGAAUGGCGCAAAGCCAGUACCAAGAAAGACACCGAGUUUGAUGACUAGCAUGCGUCUUAACUCGCCCGUGUACACUCCCCGUGGUGGUUCCGUCGGUAGGAACGGUGGAUAUGGCUUCAGCUACUCAACAUAUGGUACUCCUGGUUCUGCGUUCACUGGUAGUCUUACGCCUGGGGCAAGCAGUUUGCUGAGACCAACUGGUAGCUUCAGCAGUGGAUUAUCUAGCCGUUUGAAUAAGAGCAUCAGCAUGGGCAAUCUACGAGGCGAUGGCACGCCUGGCGAGAGCCGGCCUAGUCUGCUGCGUGAGAGUGCCUUCAGCCCUCCUGGUAGCUCUGGUCGAUAUGGCAACGGCAGUGUUCGCAAGCUUAACAUUGACCGCAGUCUACGCACCGAUCUGUUUGGCAAGGCGCCGGAAGCCGAGCAGCCGAGCAGACGAGUGAGGUACGACAGCACUGCUGAGACGCCUGAUGAGAUCCCUCGCGAGCAAUCGAGCAACGCCCUGGUCAGGACUGAGUCUCAAAACACCGAGCAGGAGGACGAUCAGCGGUCGCCUGGCCUGAUGAAAGCUCCACCAGCACCAAAGCAAGCCAAUGGUCCUCCCCGCCAACCAGAGAUGUCGCAAGUCAACGGCUCGAAUGGUGGUCUGUCGUCCGUGCCGGAAGAUGGUGUCCCGCAACGCCCAGGCUCCGCACCCGCUACACAGCAAAAGCCUGCUCCUUCUGCUGGUGUGAGGAAAGAUAACGAGGUUGGCGACUACUUCACCGAGCCUAAGCUGCGCGACUUAAGAAACAUGUCUCGUCAGCAGCUCCAGAAGCUUGGCAAGUUCGUCGUUGGCAGAGAGGGUGUUGGUCGCAUCGAGUUCAGUGCUUGCGACCUCUCUACUACUCAGCUUGAUGACAUUUGCGGCGGUAUCGUUCGACUCAUCCCACGCUCCGCCACGGUCUACCAGGAUGAUUCAGACAAGCCUGCCAUGGGUAAGGCACUUAACGUGCCAUCCAUCAUCCACCUCCACAACUCGUGGCCACGAUCACAGGGCGGGCGCAAGGCCGUCAGUGCCAAAGAGGGCCGUGAGUACGACAAGCACAUUGCCCGUCUCAAGCGUGUAGGUGGCACGAAAUUUGUCAAUUAUGAUGCUGACACCGGCGUCUGGACAUUCUCUGUCGACCACUUCACGACUUAUGGCUUGGACGAUGACGAUGAGGACUUCACCGAGACCGAAGUGGCGGAGACGAGUGGCCUCAGCGAUGCACCUGCUACGCCCAACGAUCAACGCGACGAGACUAUGCAGAGCGUGGAGACCCCAACGGGUGAGAUGGAUGAUACUUUCCAGUUCCAGCUUACUAGGCGGUCUGAGAACAAGGUGCCCGGCGGCUUUGAGGACCAAGGUGUGUCUAACGACUAUGAUGACCCGAGUGCCGACGAAGAGAUGGCUGAACAAUCCCAGCAUGUCGAUGAGGAUGAGCAGUUUCGGUCGUCUGGUGGUGCUGUGCAGGCUCCCUCUCCAGGUGCUAUGGAUAGGUAUCAUUCUAGUCUUAUGGAGGACGAGCAGACUGGUGAGAUGGACAUGGAUAUGGAUGCUGCUGGUGACGAGGAAGACGAGCCAGAAAUCAUGCCUGGGUCUUUCGCACCACAGGAGGCGAAAAUGCUACGCUCUAUUCUGAAGCCUAGUAGAGGACUCGACGACUUUGCAAGCCCAGAGAAGCUUGCUACCGAGAGCUGGGAGGAUCAGCUCCAGCGUACUAUGAGUCCGAAGAAGAGGGAUCGUGGGGCGCUAAGAGAGAUGCAGCAGAGUUUCAUGAAGGCUAGGGAGCAGGAUAAUGUUGUUGAGAGUCCUUUCAAGCAGUCUAUCGUGGGUCGAAGUACUAUGGGCCAGAGCACUUUGGGCCAGAGCGCGCUCAAUCAGAGUUAUCUGGCGCAAAAGAGUGCGAAGAAGGGCAAGGUCUCGAUGGCGGAUACAAUGGGUGGGGAGAGCGCGGCGUUCAGGACGAGUAUGGAUAUUAUGAAGAGUCUAUGGCAGGAUGAUGGGAAGGGGAGGAAGACGGGAAGUGGGGCGAAGGGGUUCGAGUAUCCUUACUCGAAGAAAGCCCGCCUUUCCACUUCCGAUGGUCUCGACAGUAAUGACGCCGCUUUCCACAAUGCCCUUAAGCCUUCUUUCUCCGCCGAUGGAACGAUGGUGUUCGCCGGUGUCGGUGCUGCUGCGCCAGAGCUUGUGGAGAACAAGUUGCCUGUGGUGGGUGAGCACAAAGAUGUCAGGUUUGCGGCCUUUGUGCCACCUGUUGGACUGAUCAACGCCACUCUGGGUGCCAUGCAAGCGAAGUCCGACUUCAAGGAGGCUACCGGCCCUGGCAUGCCUUCUGCAAAUCUCGCGACUGAGGUCACCUUCCAAGAUCUUGCUCAGCAGGUUGGCAGUGAUAAGAGUGCUAAGCAUGAAUCUGCCAUUUGGCGACUCUGCUCAGUUCUUUUCGACCAUCUGGAAAUUGGUUGCGCUGGGAUCAAGGAUGAGGUUCCGCAAGAGGAGUGGAAGGCUUUUGGGGCACAAAUGAGACGCGACGCUUUUGUGUCGCUGUGGUCUAAGCAGAUCACUGCAGAUGUCGAUGCCGCUGUGCAGCGUGCGAAGAGCGCUGAGGAGAAAGCUCUCUUGUUGUUGACCAAGAACGACGUUGUGGGUGCUUGUGAGGUCCUCGUCACGGCGAAGAACUUCCGGCUCGCUACUCUUGUGGCGCAACUUCCUGGUUCGGCCACGACACGUCAGGUCAUGAAGAAUCAGAUCCAGGCAUGGCGGAAACGAAAAGACUGGAGUGAGAUGAGUGACUCCAUUCGUGCACUCUACUCCAUCCUGGCAGGAGAUGUCUGCAACGUUGCUGGUGCUACUGGUGCGUCGGAAGAUAGGAUCGAGUCGUUCGUGCUUUGUGAGCGCUUUGACCUAGAUUGGAAGCAGAGUCUUGCUCUUCGUGUCCUCUGUGGCGGACAUGCUACGCUACAUGAAGCUAUCAAGGCUUUCGACAAGGAUAUUAAGGCUGGGCAGGAGACCGCACAACCCACUUCCACUUUUGACGGAGGUGACGUCGAUGUUCUCAUGGCUCUCCUGCGGCUUUACGCGGCUCCGAGGGAGCAUACCGAGGUUCAGAUGGCUGCGCUCUGCGAGCCCAGUACUAUAUCUGGGUCUGCGAUGAACUCGAGGGUGGCAUGGCAGCUUGCUAUUAUGCUCAGUUGCAAGAGCAUUGCCCGCUUGCCGCAAGAGAAGAUAGCCCAGUUGACCCUCGAGUUUGGCUCUCAACUCGAAGCUGCAGAUCACGUCGUGGAGGCUGUGUGGGUGUUGCUGUACUUGAAAGACAGGGCUGAGCGUGGACGUGCUGUCACCAUGUUGCUGCAGAGGAAGGCGGCUAAGCUUGAAAUCGUUGCGGACGCUCUUGUGAACAAACUUCAUAUCCCAGAAGCCAGCAUAUCUGCCGCCCUGGCACUUCUCGCCAAAGCGAAUGGCGAUAUGUUCACCCAGACUGCUCACCUUCUCAACGCCAAAGAAGUGAGCCAAGCCCACGACAUUCUGAUUGAGGCUGUUGGACCACAAGCCAUCAUCGAGGAAGAUUACGAAAGUCUCGCAGAGCUACUUCAUCGCUUUCAAGAUGGCCACAACCCCCCUGGGUGGGAGAAAGGCGGUGCAGUCUACAAAGCUUUCCUUGAACUCGUCCACUCGAGUCCCGGACACCGUAGCAGCCGUAAAUCGAAGAAUGAGUUGAUUCGGAAUGUGAAGCGUGGUCUCAGACGUGCCGAGGAGGAGUCUGAGGGCAGAGCAAGGGGGCUCGAGGAGAGAGUGGCUGCUGUGGAGAUGGGUAGGGUGGUAGAGAAGGUAGAGAUGGAGCUAGCUGAGGAGAGUGGGGGUGGGAGGAGCAAGAGUCAGAGACCGGGGAGUAAGGGUGGGAAAGGUGACCUUGGUCUGGGCAUGGGGUUGUUGGAGAAAUAUCGGGGUGAAGUGGGCAAAGUUGUAUGA